AUGCCUCCUGUUUUAGAUGGUGUAGUGCCAGAGGUUGGAGUUUUUAUCCUCCCAAAAUGUGUUUCUGACGCCAAGGUGACCGUAUUUGAGCUUCCUCAUCCAUCAAAUAACAGAUCUAAGAAACCUAUUAGGGUAUUUAUUCACAACGAUGUCGUGUAUCAAUUACAAACCCAGAAAUUCAGUCAUGGUUGUCCAUAUACCAAAGAGGAGGAUAAAGCUAACGAUAGGUAUCAUUACACUGCCGAUAAUCAGACUUAUAAAUCAGCAAUUGUCCUUAAUGAGCAUAAUCCUGAAGAGAGCUUUGUUUUAGAAUCAGGGACUUUUGAAUAUCAUACUAAAUACGAUCUGACAUUCUCUCUAUGCCGAUAUUUCUAUCGUUCUAAUGUUGUGGACAGCGAAGAAGACUAUAUACCAGAUAUUAUUCCCACGAAUACAAAACCUGACUUCAACUUUUUAACGGUAAGAGACUGGCAUGAUCAAUUAAUCGAUCAAGAUGUGCCGGAAUGGUGUCAUGUGCCAUUAAGUGUUCUUGAGACCUCAUUGGAAAGAAUAUGUGAUAUUGUUGAAGAACGUGAGGAAAACUACUUCAAGAUAAAUCCAGAGAAGAUUACUAAAUGGUUAGCACAGAAAGUCCUCAAAAUUCUAAAGGUGUUCCCUAGUUCAUUACCAUUGCCAGAUGAUAUUCCAGAGGAGUAUUUAAAUGACAUCAAACUAGCCUGGUCGACGAAUUUGCUGAUCUCAUUGCUUCCCCAACAAGUGUAUUGGAUGUUGCGUAAUUAUUCUGAUCCUGAGGCCGAUAUUAAGAAUGCUUUUAAUGUACUAGAAAAGUACAGAGCUGAGAUUACUGACAAACAGAAAGAAAAUAACAUCUUAAUUAAAGCUGUGAUGUCAGCCGGUCUACAGCAAGGCUCUUAUAACGCAGGACGCCAACCACGUUUGGCUACCAAUACUAAAGCCCCUACAAAGAAAAAGGUUGCACUUGGAAAAGGAGCAAUUGAUGCUUUCUUUAAAAAACGGUGA